AGUAAACGCAGUGAGUAUGAAUUCGCUCCAUGUUAGAUCCAAAAUAUUGACUUCUUCCGUACUCUUCAGUCUAAACAACUCAAAAAAGAAUUAUUCCCAAGGAUUUAUCAGUUCUCGUUUAAUUUCUGAAUUUCAGAGACACAACCUUCCUUUAAAUACCUGGAUAUACUGUCACACUUACUAAAUAACAGCAAUCAUUUCAUGACGGAAUGACAACUGCAACUAAAAAGACUUUUGGAUCAGUUGGUUGUGUACACAGUGCUGAUAAUCAUGAAGAUGUGAAAUUAUGUUCCAUUGAGGCUAAGGCUGCCAUAGCUGAAGUGGGGUUUGGUGUGAAAGAAAUAUGCUUAGCAUCCGAUUCUCUUCCAUUUACGGACACAUUAGCGUACUUGAAUCUAACUACAUUGGAGGGGGAGAAAAUGUGUGUUGAAAUUAGUGUCAAAGGAUUUUGUCCUGUUGGUUCGUCUUAUGAUGAAGUCAGAAAACAGUCAGUUGAUGAUUCCUAUUCUGAUAUACACUCUGUAGAGUAUGGAGAUUAUUAUGAAACAAUCUACGCUCUGUUAUCUGUUCGAAGCCCAUUAUUUCGACAUAGCUUUUCUGAAAAGUUAAGUAAUCGACUCCAGGAAUUGAAUGAGAAACAGACCGAAACUACCACUUGUGAGGAUAGUAAACAAUACAUUAAGUUGUAAUCAAGGAAGUGGAUGCUUACAAUGAAACCAAACAAAGAAUUGCUAUUGUUCUGGAUUUGUGUGUUUUUCACGUUAUAUAUGUCAAAACGAAUUAAAUGUUGUGAAAUUUGCAACUUUUGGAAUUGUCUUAUGAAGAAUUAUUGUUUGCAUUUUAAUUGUAUAAUUAUUAUAAACUUAAAUUAUUAUAAUCUUAUGUUGCCAUAUUUACCAGCUUUCGUUUGUUGUAUAAAUUGUUGUUCUACUGUAUUGUUAACUAAUUACUGACUUAUUACUUAGUUUUUCUGUCACUUUUGGCGUAAUUAUGCUCGUAUUGUAUUUUCCCAUUUAUAAAAAGAGGAAGAUAAUAAAGAAAAUUAAUGUGUAUGAAAUUUGCUAUUUAUGUUGGUGUGCUUUAUUGUAUGAACUUUGAGUCAUAUGGAUAACUGUAAAAUAUAGAGAUAAGUGCUAAA